CCACUCUCCCCAGCUUGUCCCAGCUGGUAUGCCCUCCUCUUGUCAUCCCCCAUUAUGGCGAGCUCAGUAAAAAUGGAGGUUUCGCAUUCGCAGGAGCAGGCGCAGUCUCCGCGUCCUGCCCCCGUGCAGAAACUCCAUUAUCCUUUCUGGUUUGGAGGGUCCGCCUCGUCCUUUGCGGCGUCCGUGACACAUCCGUUGGAUUUGGAAAAGGUUCGCUUGCAAACCCGUGGACCUGGUGCUCCGACGAGCAUGCUGGGCAUGUUUGGCCAUGUGGUGAAAAAUGAUGGUCUUUUGGGAUUAUACAGUGGGUUGUCGGCCUCCCUCCUGCGACAAUUGACCUACUCGACCACGCGGUUCGGUAUCUAUGAGGAGCUCAAAUCCCGCUUCACCUCGCCCGAACAGCCCGUGGGCUUCCUUACCCUGGUCGGUAUGGCCUCCGCGUCCGGCUUCAUCGGCGGCAUCGCAGGUAACCCGGCCGACGUGAUCAACGUGCGCAUGCAACACGAUGCGGCGCUGCCCCUGGAACAACGCCGCAACUACCGUCACGCCAUCCACGGUAUCAUGCAGAUGACCCGCACCGAGGGCCCCGCGAGCCUGUUCCGCGGGGUGUGGCCCAAUUCGACGCGCGCCGUCCUGAUGACGGCCUCGCAGCUGGCCUCGUACGAUGUCUUCAAGCGGAUGUGCAUCAACAAGGCCGGCAUGUCCGACAACCUGUCAACGCAUUUCACGGCGUCGUUCCUGGCUGGGUUCGUCGCAACGACCGUCUGCAGUCCUGUAGACGUCAUCAAGACCCGCGUGAUGAGCGCCUCCCCGGCCGAGAGCCGCGGCCACAACACCUUGGGCCUGCUGCGCGAGAUCUCCCGCAAGGAAGGCCUCGCCUGGGCGUUCCGUGGCUGGGUGCCUAGCUUCAUCCGUCUCGGCCCGCACACCAUUGCGACCUUCAUCUUCUUGGAAGAACACAAGAAGCUGUAUCGCAUGCUGAAGGGGGUCUAAAACAGGACUCGCAUUUAUAAACCUUAGAGGUCGAGGAUCUCCACCCAUCACUUAUGGUUGAUUUCCCCGACCCUUGAUGAUGCCUUACGUACAUGCUUUGUUUCAUUUACAUAUUGCCAUUUAGAGGAAGCAUGUUUGGAGGAUAAAGUCGAUUUCCCCCGUUUUUAUAUUUUUGUAUAUAUGCUGUCCUGUCUGUGUCUGUUGGCGAGCCGUUGUCGGCCUUUCAUCCUUGAGUCCGUUUCCUUUUCUCACUUCUUGAUAUUGCUUCUGUCCUGGAGAGCGGACAACCACCCCCUGAAGCUCGGGUCCAACCGCACCGAGAUACCUAUAUACCCUUUGUCAGACGGCCCCUUGGUGUGCUGUGCAUUAUAUAGACCU